AUGCCGAUCCACUGCAUAGAAGAGCUGCGCCACUACCUGAUAUGUCUCUACUAUGAUGAGGCUGUAUACGACUACCUUGCCGCGCUGCAAGGCAACAUCACCGCUUCUUUAGCUGGGGCACCCCAGAAGCUCAUAAUAGCGGACUACACGCUAAAGACGAGCGGUGUGGCGUACUACCACAAUGUACCCACCGAGCUGGACGUCAGCGGCUUCACAGAACACUUGCUACAGAAGAUAGAAGACGACCUCUCGGGCCUAGAAUGGGCCGACGAGGUGUACGGAUGCAUCACCUCUGUGCAGGGCGAUCUCAACUCAGACGUCGACCCGACGCUCUUCAGUUCCGAGGACUUCAUCAUCACAGCUGCAGGCAACACGCUGAACAAGUGCUACGGCCCCGUCCCUGCGCUGCCGUACGAAGCUGAGGAGUGUAGUAUGCCGCUCGACUGUCUUGCUACCAUGGGGAAUUACUACAACGAGAUCCCAUGGGCACAGGAGCGUUAUGAGCUUAGUGUCGAGCAGCGGGAUUUCGUCCAUGGUCAUAAGCUGCUGAGCAAGUAUCUGCCGAUGGUUGCUAAGUAUGGCAUGACGAUGGAUUGUGUGGUUGCUACGGUUACUUAUCAUGGUGGUCUUGAGAUUGAGGAGGAGUACUACUUGGAUGCUAUGGAGAAGCAUGCGGUGACAUCAGGUUAUGUGGACUUUCCUGACACGUUCUCAACGGAGAUGGAACAGAGGACUGGGUCUGAGGUUGUUGGAUCGUUUUGGUAUAUUCUUAUGUCCGACGACAUUCUUGGGCCGGGUGCAUGGUCAUCGCGGGUCCAGAAUGUUGACCCUAAGGAAUUUAUGGGCAGGCUCGAGUCUGUCGACAUCUCCACCGUACUGGCGGAGGACAUGAAGUGUCUUCAUUGCUGGAAUCAAUUUGGAGAGACGGACGUGGAUACUGUCGAGUUUCGAGUUGGCGAGGUCAAGCUAGAUGACAACCCUGUCAAGUUGCCGUGUGAUCACGGUCAUCUUAUCGGUAAGACAUGCUCGAUGCAGCUCAUUGAUGCGGAUGAUCAUCUUUGCCCGGUGCGUCGACAAGACAUUGUUGCUACGGUAGGGUAG